CGCGCAAAAUCCGCCAGCCGAGCUAUUUUUUCCACGCUCUGUUACCCGCUAAUUUCCACUCACUCAACUCCUCCCCUCCCCGUCUACCGACUCCUGCUUUCUUUGAUUCUCCCCCAUGCAAGCCAUUCGCCUGGCGCGUCCUAGAGUCUCCCUGCGCCGUCUGGCGACGACCGCUCAGGUACCCACCUCCGGACCCUCCUCGUCCGUGACCGCGUCUGUUAUCCCUCUCUCCAACGUCGAGGCACAAUGGGAAAAGAUGUCUCAGAGUGACCAGGCAGUUGUCCACCGGCAGCUCGAGGAGUUGCAGAAGAAGGACUGGAAGUCGCUCUCCCUGGAUGAGAAAAAAGCUGCAUACUAUGUUGCCUUUGGCCCGCAUGGACCCCGGGCUUCUGUCAGCCCACCUGGCCAGGGCCUCAAGGUUUUCCUUAGCACCCUGGGCCUUGUCGGUGUCGCUGGACUGCUCACCUUGGCCAUCCGCUCGCGAGCUCCGCCUCCACCGAAAACGAUUACACGUGAAUGGGAGGAAGCCAGCAACCAACGUGCACUCGAGCAAAAGAUGAACCCCAUUACGGGUAUAUCAUCGGAAGGGUAUUCCGGGAAGGGCUUCGUCACCAAAUAAGUUCAUUUUGGGCCUCGUUCUCUACUGCUUAUUCGUGCGGUCGUUGUUCCGUGCGUCUGCUGUGAAGAGAAAAAGACUUACAUUAUUUGCAUAUACCGUAGAGGCUGCCUUUCUUUGCUUCACAUCUGCAAUUGCAAAACCGCAUCUGCCAGAAUC